AUGGGUAAAGCCGGUCGCAUCGCCUGUAUCUUCACGCCUUAUGUCCUCACUCUCGCCUCCUUGAUCUGUAUCAUUAUUGUGGGCUUGGGCUGCACCAAAUCGAGCGACAGCAACCUGUCCGAUCUCUACUUCCUGCGGAUCAAUCUGCAAAAUAUCAGCAGUAAUGGUACCAAAACGGUUUCCGAAAUCCAGAGCUUCCUGAGCGAGCACGACAUCUCCACCGUCACUGCCGAUGAGGUCUCCAAAACCUUGAAAACCAUUCAGGAUGACUCCACUCUCGCCGACUUCUACUCAAUCGGUCUCUGGGGCUACUGCGAGGGCAGCAUCAAGAACGGUGACUACAAGACCACCAAGUGCUCCAAGCCCAAGUCCGAGUACUACUUCGAUCCUCUCGACGUCUGGGGCCUGAGCGACAACGACACUAUCAAGGAUGAGCUGCCUUCCGACUACAACAAGAUCAUGAAGAUCUACAAGGCCGUCUCCAAGUGGAUGUUCAUCGCCUACCUGAUCGCCUUCAUCUUGGGUAUCGCUGAGCUGCUCGUCGGCAUGUUCGCCAUCUGCAGCCGCUGGGGCAGCUGCGUCACUACUCUCGUCGCCAUUGUUUUUUUCAUCUUCACCGCCGCCGCCUCUAUUACCGCGACCGUUCUCUUCUCCGUCGUUGACGGCAGCGCCGGCACUCUCCUCAAGGCCUACGGAAUCUCCGUGAGCGUCGGCAAGAACAUGCUUGCCGCGACCUGGUUGGCUGUCGCCUUCGCCCUCGUCGGUGCCAUCUUCUGGACUUUCAGCGUCUGCUGCUGCUCCGGCCGCUCCCCUUACAACCACAAGGACCGCCGCAACCGUGGCGUCACUGCUGAAAAGGCCCCUUACACCUACGAGCCCGUCGGUGCUGGUGCCCAACCUUACGGUGCCCACCACACCUCUUACCCGGCUCCCGUUGCCCACGGUGGUGAAUACCCAAUGACCCACACCAACAACCAGCAGACUAGCGCCUACGAGCCCUUCCGUCACGUCUAA